AUGGCGAUAACGUUACACUCAAAAUCACUACCUUUCUCCAACUCUUUCUUUCUCCGACCACUCUCCAGCUCUAGAAAAAUUUACGUAGCAACUGCGACGAUCCACUGCUCCGCGUCACCAUCGCCCGCAAUGGAUCCAAAACCCUCCCGAAAGCACGUGGCAGUAUGCGGUGGCGGUGUAAUCGGCGUUUGCACGGCUUACUUCUUAGCCAAAAAAGGCGCCGCCGUCACGCUCAUUGAGAAAUCCUCCAUAGCAUGCGCCGCCUCAGGAAAAGCCGGCGGAUUCCUAGCUCUUGACUGGUGUGAUGGUGGCUCCCUCUCUUCAUUAGCUCGUGAAAGCUUUUAUCUACACCGUUCGCUCUCCGAGGAACUCAAUGGACCCGAAAAUUACGGGUAUCGACCGCUUACCACUCUCAGCCUCACUGUAACCGAAUCGUCCAGUUCGAAAUCCUCCGGAAAUUCUAAUUCAAUUCUUCCUUCGUGGGUGGACGGGCCAGCGAAAAGCCCGAGAACAAUUGGGUCAACUGAAACUACGGCCCAGGUUCACCCACAGUUAUUUACCAAGACUUUGUUAAGCAAAGCUGUAAAUGAUUACAAUGUGGAGGUGGUGAUAGGGAAAGUGGAGAGCGUGGGAGUUGAUGAAGGAGGGCGAGCUGAGUCGGUAGUUCUAGAGGGUGGGCGAGUUAUUGCGUCGGAGGCAGUGGUACUAAGUUUAGGGCCUUGGUCUGGUAAAUUCGAGAUGCUGUCGUCGAUUUUUAAUGUGUCUGGUCUCAAGGCUCAUAGUAUUGUUUUAGAGCCGAAAGAGGCGGAUGCUAUAACGCCACAUGCACUUUUUUUGAGUUAUCAUCCAGCUCAGGGUGGCAAACCGAUGGACCCCGAAGUGUAUCCACGUCCCACAGGGGAGGUGUACUUGUGUGGGAUGUCAUCAGAGCAAGAGGUGCCAGAUGAUCCAGAAACAAUUUCAGGUGAUCCGGAAUCUAUAAAGGUGCUAAAGAGGGUUGCUAGAACAGUGUCGAGUCAUUUAGGGGAAGCUGAGGUGCGAGUGAAGGCAGAGCAAGCAUGUUUCUUGCCAUGUACAGAGGAUAGCGUGCCUAUAAUAGGAGAAAUUCCAGGUAUUAAAGGUUGUUAUGUGGGAACUGGACACAGUUGCUGGGGAAUUUUAAAUGGUCCUGCGACAGGGGCUGCUUUAGCUGAACUUGUGAUGGAUGGUCAUUCCAGUAUUGUUGAUCUUACUCGGUUUAGUCCUGCAAGAUUUGUUGGGCAUAGAAAAAGGGUAUUGACCUUAUCGGGAGAAGAUGAGUGAUGAGAAUGUUGUAACUAGUGUACGGACUUGACACCACAUAGCUAAAAUAAACUUCAAUUUUUAUUUGUAUAGAAGCAAUUAAUAACAAUUGUUGCCUUAGUUUUA